ACCAAUCCAUCAUCAACGUUCAGUCUUCGCUCUUGGACCAGCUUCAGCGAGCCGGGCUGUGCAAUUCUUGUACUUAUUGUUGCUGUGGCGACUAAUAUCCUCGUACUUACCGUUGCCGUUUUGUAACACUGUCGUACGGCCGAUCAUGCCGGAGAUCUGGCGAGAUUUAUGUCGGUCAUGCUGUCAGCUGUUGGCGACGAACGAUUUCAGUCACAGACGGAAGCCGUCCGAAAAGCGUCGACGGAAAUCGUCACGGAGAUCGAAAUCAGCAUUUGUCACUGCUACUAGUGACGGAUGGUCGACCUGACGGACUUAUAGUUAGCUCGACGGCACAAUCGUUAACUUUGACGGACCGAUCGUUACCUCUGGAAGACUGAUCGCUAACGUUGACGGACUGAUCGUGACGGACUGAUCGUGACGGACUAUUCGUUAGCUGAACCAUGGCGCUUAGAAACCCUCGUUUAUCCUCUCGUCCUCUCCGUCGCACUUUCCUCCUGCUCUCCGUAUUCUCCGCCGCGUUUUCCGCCGCUUUUUCAGCUGGAGUGUCUGAAAACGCUCCCGCAAGCGCUCCCGCAAGCGCUCCCGCCCCGUCUCCCAGCGACGAGAUAAUUCCAGAUAUCCCCGGUAUAGACUACUCCGUCAAUAUCACGCUUCCGGUCGUUUCAGGCACAUCAGGGGAUCCCGUGGGUCCCCCCAUUUGCUUUGAGCAAGGGCUAUCGCCGCACCCGGUUCCGGUCCCUUGUGGCGAAAACUCUUCGCUAACAGCGACGUCGCAAGUGGCGUCGCACAGCAUUUCGCAAGCGGCGUCGCUCCCCAGCGCGCGAAUCGCAUCUAUCGGUGGUUCGAGUCGACCCCUAGUCGCAGAGAAUUCCACGCCGAACCUGACACCCGCUACUGAGCUCUUCGAUAUAUGCACUGGAGGAGGCUCCGCGUCAGUGACGCUGAACCCGCGCAGGCGGAACAAGUGGCGAGGCUGGGGCACCUCCCUCUGCUGGCUAGGAAACUUCGUGGGUGGUUUCCCCGAUGCGCACUUGAACCCUCUCAUGGACCUCCUAUUCUCCCCAUCGGACUAAACCUCAACAUAGUCCGCUACAACAUAGGAGGCGGCAACAACGCUACCAACAGUCCCCGACUCCAAACAGGCUGGGGAAAAUGGCGGGGCAUGCCGGGCUUUAAAGCCACAGAGCAAGCAGGCUACAACUGGUCAGCAGACGACAGGCAGCGGAAAGUUUUGUUCGCUGCCCGGGCGCGUGGGGCAGACACAUUCGAAGCUUUUGCCAACAGCCCGCCCUGGUGGAUGACUGUGUCUGGGGAUGUUGCCGGGGCAGCCAACUACGGAGAGGGGAAUUUGAAGGUGGAGUACGAGGAAGCUUAUGUGGAGUAUCUCACUGAUGUGGUGGAGAAAUUUGCUAAGGAUACUAGCUGGGGUAAGGGAAUGGUGUUUGAUACCUUGGAGCCGUUUAAUGAGGCUUUGGAGGGGUGGUGGAUGAAGGGGGGAGGGCAGGAGGGUUGUAACAUCGGUUUUCAGCAGAUGAAGCGGAUUCUACUGAUGACCCAGGCUGCUCUUGAAAGGAAGCAGCUUAAAACGGGGAUUGCCUCGGUGGAUAGCUUUGUCCAAACCACCCCGAGACAGAUUGGGACUCUGAACCCGUUCCUCGCCCGUUACAACGUGCAUGGUUACAUAAGCCUGGCGAAAAAACGGAACGAGUCCGGUCGAGUGGACAACCCAAAAAUUUUAUGAUAUGAAGCGGAUGGCGAAAGGGCAGGAGAAAGAGGUGUGGGUUUCGGAAUGGGGGCCUCUCAUGCGAGGCGGGGAGGAUAUGGACGUGGCACUUUUCAUGGCGAGGUCAAUCAUUGCGGCGAUCAACAUUUUGGAAGCUACUGGGUGGGUCUUUUGGCAGGCGAUUGACCCCGUGGCAUCCUGGGCGCUGAUCCACAUCGACUGGUCGAAAACGCCGGAUGAGUCUACAGUCUACACUCCGCCGACGGUCUCCAAAAAGUUUUGGAUCUUGAAGCAUUUUACGAGUCUCGCUCCCGCAGGCAGCAAGCGGCUGUAUGUCAACAAGGCGGCAUGUAACUACGGGAUUGCUGCUUUCUACACCCCGAAGAAGAGAAUGGUCAGCGUGUUUGUAGUGAAUCAAAAGGCAACACCAAGAUAUGUAAAGAUUCACAUACCUUGGUGGUUUUUGAGAAAUGUGGGUGGCAAAUCAAAGGUACACUCCUGGAGGACAUCGUACGCUGAUGACUUGGUGAAAGUUAACUACAGAGGAGGACAUUGGCCUAUACGCUUUGCAAUCCCUGGUAGGUCGUUUGCCUCGUUUGCGCUUACACAUGUAAGACCACUAUGGUAGAGCUGCCCCUUCUCGUAGGAUCUAGGCUAGUGUGCAGUAUUCCUUCCUUUUGUCUCAUACCUACCUACCCACCUGGCAUUGUAGUGUGGGGAGAUUUGUCAACACACAUAUAUAUACAUAUAUAUGUGUGUGUAUGUGUGUGUGUGUGUGUGUGUGUGUGUGUGUGUGUGUGUGUGUGUGUGUGUGUGUGUGUGUGUGUGUGUGUGUGUGUGUGUUGGCUAGGUAGGUUUAAUACUCGGUAGUUUCCUACUGUUAAGGGGAC